GCGGCCCCGCCCCUUGGCGGGCUACCUCUUCCCGCGGGCGGCGCGCGGGGCUCCAGUGCGCGGAGCCGCCGGCGGUGAUGGCCACGGUGCGGGAGAAGGCGGCGGCCUUGAGCCUCAGCGCCGCCUGCAGCCCUGCCGCCAGGCCGCCGGGCUUUAGCUUGGCGCAGAAACCUUUUGGAGCAACAUAUGUCUGGAGCAGCAUUAUCAAUGCGCUUCAAACUCAAGUGGAAGUGAAGAAGCGUCGCCAGAACCUAAAGUGCUAUCAUGACUGUUUUAUUGGUUCAGAUGCGGUGGAUGUUGUCUUUGCCCAUCUUCUACAGAACAAGUAUUUUGGGGAUGUUGAUAUUUCCCGUGCUAAAAUAGUGCGUGUAUGUCAAGCACUGAUGGAUUACAAAGUAUUUGAGGCUGUUUCAACUAGGGUCUUUGGAAAAGACAAGCGGUCUGUAUUUGAAGACAGUAGCAGUAGCCUCUACAGAUUCACAAAUGUCUCAAACCAAAUGGAACUUGAUAAAGAUUACCAGCAGUGUACGCCACAAAGACACGAGAAGAGCAUGUUGUUUCACUCUACUCCUGUCAAACCAGAAAGCUUGGAGGAUCUCUGGGAAAACCUGAGUUUAAAGCCUGCAAAUACCCCUCAAGUAAACAUCUCGGAUAGUUUGUCCCGUCGAGUUAUUAACGAAGUAUGGCAAGAACAAACAAUUGCUCGUCUGCUGCAACUUGUAGAUCUUCCACUCCUUGAGUCUUUACUCAAGCACCAAGAGAUCAGACCUCAGCUUCCACAACCAAGGAAGGGAACUGGAUAUGUCAUCACAAGUAACUACCUAGACAGAGAGAUCCUCAAGGCUUUCAGUGAUUCACAAACAGAUGAAUGGCUCUCAGCAGCAAUAGAUUGCUUGGAAUAUCUUCCAGAUCAUAUGGUGGUAGAUAUUAGCAGGAACUUGCCUGAUCAACCAGAUAAAGCAGACACAUGGAAACUACUGCUGUUUGAAAAUAUUGGCAGAUACUAUGGCCAAAAAAAGGAGCCACUGUUAAGCCAUGCAUCUGAAAUUCAUUCAGGAAUUGCCGAACUAUUGGUGAAUGGGAAGAUGGAGCAAUCUUUAGAAGCUGUUCAACUCUAUUUGAAACUCCUUGACAGCCAAGUCAGGGAGGAGUUCAGACGACUGCUGUAUUUCAUGGCUGUUGCAGCGCACAAUUCUGAGCUCAAACUACAGAAGGAGAGCGACAACAGGAUGGUUGUGAAAAGAACAUUCUCUAAAGCUAUUAUCAACAAUAAAACCUUAUCCAGAGGGAAAACUGACCUCCUGAUCUUGUUCCUUGUGGAUCACCAAAAAGAUGUGUUAAAGAUCCCAGGGACACUGCAUAAAAUGGUCAGCAACAAACUGGUGGCUUUGCAGAAAGGCCAAGAUGCCAGUAAGAUAACAGGCUAUACCUUUUGCCAAAAACUUGAUGAAAGAGAGUAUCGCUCCAAUACAGAGAAGACCACAAAAGAUGAGCUAUUAUCUCUACUGAAAGCUAUUGAUGAAGAUUCAGAGCUCUCUGACAAAGAGAGAAAGAGACUGCUAGCUUUUCUUCAAGCUUGCCAGCUAGCCAUACUCUACGUAUAUGACAAAUUGCUAUGCUGCUUUAAGCUAAAACAGCACCAUAUUGAGGAAUUACCAGGGAAGAUGACUUUUUUUCCAGCUGAAAAUCCUACUCCAUAUCCUGAACUCCCAUUGACUCUCCUGGGAUGGCAAAGAUAUUCUGGAUUUUUAAGUCAGUCUGGCUUUAGUUGUCAAAGAAUAUGCUGUCUAUGGCUAGCUGUCUUCAUCCCUGCAGUGUUUUACUGUCUGUCUUGUUGGUGUCACCAGCUGUAACUGGAAAGGAGCUAGAACAAAUGAAAGGCCUUUGGGUUUUCUUAUGGCUGUAUAUUUUAUCUGUGUCUUGUCUCCAGUAGAAAUCCCAAGCUGUGCAACACAGGCAAUCGCAAACAGGGAAAUACAGAGCACAAUCAA